UCGAACAUUUAUUCCAAGAAAGUACUACUGCCUAGCCAUAACUGCCAAAGCAAGCAGAUCGGCAGCUCUUAACUUGAGCAAAAAAGGAGGUAACUCUAUCACAAGAAUUGGAAACAAUAGUAUCCAUGGAAAAUAGUAGAGAUGGCCAAGUUCACCAGCUACAUGGGAAGGAUUAUGUAGACCCUCCACCGGCUCGCUUGUUGGACAUGGAAGAGCUUAAGAGCUGGUCCUUUUACAGAGCUCUUCUUGCUGAGUUCGUUGCUACCCUUUUAUUCCUUUACAUCUUAGUUGCCACCGUUAUCGGUCACCAAAGGCAAGCACAUCCCUGUGAUGGUGUUGGUCCUCUCGGUAUUGCUUGGGCUGUCGGUGGCAUGAUCUUCGUUCUCGUCUAUUGCACCGCCGGAAUCUCAGGUGGUCACAUUAAUCCGGCUGUUACGUUGGGGUUGUUCAUGGCCAGGAAGAUUUCAUUGGUUCGAGCGGUAUCCUACAUGGUUGCGCAGUGUUUGGGAGCUAUUUGUGGCGCAGGUUUAGCGAAAACCAUCAUGAGGCACUACUACAAUAAUACACCAGGGGGCGGUGCCAACACCGUGGCUCCUGGGUACUCAAAAGGCACCGCUUUGGGAGCUGAGAUCAUUGGCACUUUCGUCCUUGUCUACACCGUUUUCUCUGCCACCGAUCCCAAAAGAAAUGCACGUGAUUCCUAUGUCCCUGUGUUGGCUCCCUUGCCAAUAGGAUUUGCUGUGUUUGUGGUGCACCUGGCCACCAUUCCCAUUACUGGAACUGGCAUAAACCCGGCUAGGAGCAUUGGUGCCGCCGUGAUCUACGACAAUGAAAAAGUCUGGGAUGAUCAGUGGAUAUUUUGGGUUGGCCCUUUCAUUGGAGCGCUUGCCGCAGCAGCAUAUCAUCAAUACAUACUGAGAGCUACGGCCAUCAAAGCUUUGAAAUCCUUCCGCAGCAACCCUACAAAUUAAAGGCCAGUGGACCCUGGCUCCUAUAUAUGCUGUCUAUGUAUGUUUCUUUUGGAAAAUUUAUAUCCUUCUGUGUGUGUUUUCUCAGUGUCAACACUUGUUAAUUGUAGUUGUAACAUUAAGUGAAUCUUAAUAAAGGUUUAAAAAAAAGUGAGUGGAAAUAUGAA